GCAAACCUAAAAAAGGAGAAGCACACUCAGAUUGUCUAACAUAGAGAGAACUGCCCAGAUGCUGACCUUUAUUACAAAGCUCAGGCUGGAAGACGGUAAAAACAGCUUCACUAUGGCCGUCACUGGCUAACAUUAAUCUGCAAAUGAUCAAAUAUUUAUCCACAGCAGCUCAUAGGUUCGUUAUUUCAUAGCAAACAGCUUCUGACAUACCGCUUCCAUUCCUCCCUCUGAGGUGAGCUGAGGUGGGACGUGGUCCACUCCUUUCGUAGAGCCCGCGUCAUGGCUCGGUACCUGAAGUAUUUCACCACUGUGGGUGACGAGCAGCCAGUCCAGGGGGAGGAAGAAGAGCUGCACGUGGCCAGCGAGGAGCUGAGUCCGGCCACCGGCCAGUUUCCAACAACGCUGACCUUCAGGGAGUCACUGCAAAGACUCUACAGCACCGACCGGUUCCAGGUGCUGGUGGUGUGUUUGGUAAUCCUGGAUGCCUUCUUUGUUCUGGCGGAGCUGCUUAUAGAUCUGUCUGUUAUCCAGUUGGAACAUGGCCACAUUGCUCCUGAGGUGUUUCACUACCUGAGCUUAUCUCUCCUCACAUUCUUCAUGGUGGAGCUGGCUGGUAAGCUCUUUGCUUAUCGCCUGGAGUUCUUUCAGCACAAGUUUGAGGUGUUCGAUGGUUUGGUGGUGGUGGUUUCCUUCGUGUUGGACAUUGUCUUCAUCUUCCAUGAGGACGCCUUUGAUGGGAUGGGCCUCCUGAUCCUGCUGCGACUCUGGAGGGUGGCCAGAAUUAUCAACGGUAUCCUGGUGUCAGUGAAGAACCGUGCACACCAGAAGAUCCACAAGCUGAAGGAGAGCUACGACCACCUCGUUCAAAGAGUCACAGAGCUACAGGAGCGCAGCGAUAAACUGGAACAAGAGAACCAGAAGCUUCAAGCCCUCCUGAAGAAGCACGGCAUAGACUUCUAACUCAUCGAGCUAACCGUUGUGGAGCUACUGUUUAAUGUCAGUUAUCUCAUGUACCUUUCUGCGCCAUUUUUAAACAUUUUCAAUACAUUCCGUGAUAAACGUUUAUUUUAGACCUGA